UUUCAUUUCGUUGUAGGAUGUAAACAAAACAUUGGCAAAUUUGUCGUACAAAGAAGCUUGUCUAAUGACUUAUGGUAUUAUGAAUGGUUCGAAAUAAAUGCAGAAAUUUUUUGUUGCCAUUUAAACUAAUGAAACUAUUCUAAGAUAAAAUUUAAGUCAUAUUUGAAAUUCUGCUGUAAUCAAAAGAUUAAAAUAUUGUACUUUGGGAAAGCAUGUAAAUGAACUAAUGAAUAUUGCUGGCAAAGAAGUUGGAGAAAUAUUAAAAGUAAUGGGACAGACUAUUACAAACCACAUUGAAGAGUUGAAAGAUGAUGUCAUGAAAGAAGCUCAUAUAUUUAAAGAAGUCAUUGAUAUCACACAUGAAGACUUUUUACAAAAAGUUCGAGAAGUAAACAAAAUAUGUUACAAUUUGAUUCAAUGUGAAGGUCGAUGCUUAAGGUUCUUUAUUAAGAAAAAUACUGACUCGACAUUUCUUUGGAAGCAGACAGUAAAAAUAGCAUGUAUGAGAGUAAAUAUUACUGAAGAUUCUGCUGCAUUGUUUUGUGAUGAGAGUGUUGAUGAAGAGAGCUUAAGUAAUAUUUUAGCUAUUUCAAAUAAAGAAAUAGAGGUACAUAAAUUACUGAGUCUUAGACAGUUUCUGUUAGCAUAUAAUAUGAUAAUAUAUCACUCCAGUUGCAUUCAAAAGGGAGAUGAAUCUUCAUCUGAAGCAAGGAAUAAUGAGUGUUCUGCUGUUAGACCAAUUUCAACAUCCAUGCUUCUAAAUAAGAUCAUAAAUGAAACAGAUAUAGAGACGGAUACUGAGGAGUGCAUCAUUUGUAUGGAAAGAAAGCCUGAAAUUACUUUGCCUUGUGCCCAUGCAUAUUGCUUAUUUUGCAUUGAACAAUGGAAUGUAUCAAAUAAAACUUGUCCCGUUUGUCGUGCAGCUAUGGAAAGUACCGAUGAUUCUUGGGUAACUCCUGAAAUACCUGAAACUUCUGAAGUCAAUGAAGAAAUCAAAAAAGCAGUAAAAGCUUUGACUCUUAAACUUCCUGAAAGUUAAAGCUUUUCAUUCUGAAAUAACGGAAAACUUAUUAUAAAUAAGCAUUCCUGCUGUAAUGGCAUUUAUAAGUUGAAAUGCCUCUUUAACUAGAUGUUGACAUUUUUACUGAAGUGGUUUGAUAAUAUUGUAAAUAAAAAAAAAUAGAUUAUAUGUAGUUUUAGUUUUUUAAUGAAGGAUUUUAGUUUUGUUUUGAAUUUAAAUAUAACUAAGACGUUAUUUUUAAAUUGGUCCUUUAAAUGUCUUCUCUGUUAUGUUUCUUAUAUUGCUUGUUAUGAAUGCUUUAAAAUUGUUAAUUAUAUUCAUUGUUGAUACAUUAUUAAUAAGAUGUGAAAAAGUUGUUAAAUUAUUUUUAGAAUGUAAUGCACAUAUUAUUAUUGCCAUUGUAAUUCCCUUUAAAUCUGGUGAUUUAUAUGAACAUACUUAAUUCUUCUCCCUGUGAAAGUAAUCAAUCAUUUUCAGAUUACUUUUUUUUUGUGAUUGUGUUUAUGCUAUAAAUUUUACAUGAAAUGUGGCGGCUUAAAAAUUUCAAGGCAAAUCAUUUCGAUUAAUUUAUAUGACAAGUUAUCAAAAUGCAGUAAAGUUUACAUCAUUUUAAUAAAUAUAAAGAAAUGAUAUUAUUAAUAACCAUAUCUUCUGUCAACUUUUUGUAUUGCUAUUAUUGUUUUGAAAUUAACUAUCUGCUAUCUGUAAUUAAAACUUUGAAAAAAAAUCAAUAUUAAAUCAAGUAUUAUUUGAUCAGUUGUUAUACCUGUCUGUAAAAUAGGUGAGUUUGUAUUAAUUUUUAUGUUACUAGAUUGGCUCAGUAACUUGCCAAUGCUGAUAGAAAACUUUUGUAUGUAAUGUAAAUUCUGACAUUAAGUAAAAAUUAGGAAGAAACAAAAAUAUUUUAUAAAUUUAUUUUAUUACUGGAUUUUGUAAAAAUGGAAGCAACGAAGUGGGUAUAAUAAUAUUAUGCAAAUUUGAUAAUAUAUAUAAUAUUAAUAAUAUUAUGCAUUUUUUAGGCAAAAAAAGAGGGAUUUUUUUUUCAUAUGAAAAAUGUAAUUUUCAAAUGGGAAAAUAAAAUAAAUAAUUUUUUUUUUUUAACAAAGAUGUUAUUUUAAGAAAGAAUUUUACUUAAAGUAAUAAUUUCAUUCCCUUCCAAUUAUUUUAACAAUUUAAGGAAGGAAUGAAAAAUGCUGCUGUUUCGCUGAAAUAUACUGAGUUAAAAUGUUUUUUAUUUUUUAUUUUAAAUUUAAAUGUUUAUUACCAUAACAAAUAUAAGUAUAUUUCGACUACUUGAAGAAAUUCAGUCAUAAAGGGGCUGCUUGAAUUUCAUUUCAGUUUGUUUUUUAAACUUAAUUCAAAUCCAGCUAAAUGUUUGUUAGCAUGAAAGAAUUUAAAACUUUGUCCAUAAUAAUUUCAUAAAGGGGCUGCUUGAAUUUGAUUUCAGUUUGUUUUUUAAACUUAAUUCAAACCUAGAUAAAUGUUUGUUAGCAUGAAAGAAUUGAAGACUUUGUCCAUAAUAAUUAAGUAAACUGUAUAUUUUGUUGACAAAGUUAUAGAAAUGCAGCUAUAAUUUUUUACCAAAUACAAAAAUUGUAUAAAAUACUGUAUAGACACAGUGGCAUAACUAGGAUACAUGGCCUUGAGCAUAGUAUUUUUCUCACCUUUCAGUCAUUUUAAAAGUUACCAUAUUUUGCCUGUAUGACUGUUUCAAAGACCAGUGCCUGUAUAACAUUUAAGCUGCCUUUUCCUUUCCUUUGCUAUGCCAUUGUACAAAUAUUUUUAUACCAUUUUUUAUUUCCCCCCCCCUUUCCUUUCCUUUUUUUUUUUUCCCUUCAUCUUUUUCUCCAUUUGUGAAUAAAUUAUUUUUUUAAUAUUUCUA